GAGGCGGGCCUCUCAGCUGUUCAAAAUACAGCACCAGACAGACAGCCACCAUAAGCAGACUCGUCACUCUCACCUUGUUCAUCUCGGCUGAAUCCUCUUGAGCGACUCUCCGUUUGCACACAAAUCGAAAAGUUCAACGUCCUAAAAGGCAUUUAUUCAAAAGAUCAAAUCUCUCGUCAUGGAGCUAACGAUCAAACUCUUUGCUGGGAAUACUUUUUCCCUGUCCGUGGAUCCGCGCACCACAGUCGGACAGCUGAAGUCCAUGAUCCAACUGAAAGCGGAGGUGCCCAGCGCGAGGCAGCGGCUAAGUACGCAGAACAGCCACAGGAUAGACCUGAAAGACGACAGGAAAACUCUGCAGGACUACGGUCUGCAUUCGGGAUGUAUAAUCGCCGUGCUGAUCGUACAGACCUUUCAAGUGUUUCUGAAAACCACUACCGGCCAGACGCACACCUACGACGUUUCCCCGGGCGAGACCGUCUCUGAGUUCAAGCUCAAGGUCCAAAAUAAGGAGCAGGUCGCCGUCCAGCAACAGAGGUUGGUCUACGGAAGCAAGGAGCUGCAGGAUGGCUGUAAACUGGAGGACUACGAUAUAACAGCGGGGAGCACCAUCCACCUCGUGCUGCGUCUGAGAGGAGGCUGAAUCUGGUUCACUGCGCCAGUUUUUCCAUUAUUUUGAACUCUGCUUCUUUUAAUUUCUAAAAUUAUUUGAAUGAAAUAUUUAAAAAAUUUGAAUAAAAAUUAUAUUUAUAAGUAUCUGUUGUUAUAAUGGGACCCUGCUCAACGAACUUGCUUUUGACACCGUUGUAUUGAGCUUACCACCAUGCUGUAUUGUAAGCAAAUUCCACUGACCUUGGUCGUGUGAUUGAUUGACUGAUUUUACUUUUCAUCUGUCUUUAAUGAUAGCUGUGCAAUACUGAAAUAAAAUGUUAUAAGCAAUUUUGUGUAUGUCAUUAACUCUGUUGAGUAAUGCAAUGUUUCAAAUGUAAGGAUGAAUAUACAAGGAUGUGCUUAGCUAAAUAUAUUUUUGUUUAGGUCAAGAUUGGCAUAAUUGGUGCGUCAUACUACACUGUGGUAGGUGGCAGUGUAGUAUAAUGGAUUAUUAACCAGGUUUAUAACCUAACACAGAUUACAGGUUCAAUUCCUUGGUAGGACUCUGCUGUUGUAUCUCUGAGUAAGGUACUUUUAACCUGAAUAUACAAGGACAUGGAUGCAAUGUAAAUGCUAUGUAAAAAAAAAAAAAGUUGUGUAAGUCGCACUGGAUAAGAGCGUCUGCUAAAUGCUUGUAAUGGAAUGCAUAAAUUGCUCUGGGUAAGAGUCUGCCAAUGGCAGUAAUGUAAUGGUGCAAGAAUAAACAAACCAUGAUGAAGGCAA